AUGCAGGUCCGGAUCGCUUUCUUCAUCGUCAACUGCCUUGUCUUCUUUUACGCUGGUCGACCAGCGGCAGCGGUGCCGAGACGCGAGCGUACCCAGAGCAACAACCACGCCAAUAUCAGCGAACUCCUGGAUAAUCUUCUCCGGGGUUACGAUAACAGCGUGAGGCCCGAUUUCGGAGGGCCACCCGCAACCGUCGAGGUCGACAUCAUGGUGCGCAGCAUGGGGCCCAUAUCCGAGGUCGACAUGACCUACUCGAUGGAUUGUUACUUUCGUCAGUCGUGGGUCGACAGGCGACUCGCCUUCCAAGGAGGCAAGGAGACCCUGGCCUUGUCGAUCUCGAUGUUAGCUCGCAUCUGGAAACCCGAUACCUACUUCUACAACGGCAAACAGAGUUACCUACACACCAUCACUAGCCCUAACAAAUUCGUCAGGCUCUAUCAGGAUGGCCGAGUUCUUUACAGCUCGAGGCUCACCAUCAAAGCUGCCUGCCCCAUGAAUCUCGAGGACUUCCCUAUGGAUACUCAGCAGUGCCCACUUAAAUUUGGAAGCUACGGAUACACGACUCGCGACGUAAUAUACAAGUGGAAUAGUGCAAGGCAAGUAGCAAUUGCCCACGACAUGAAACUCUCGCAGUUCGAUCUCGUUGGUAAUCCUACCGCCAAUUCCACUGAUUCUACGUUAUCACAAAAUUCGGUUGUUGCAGAGUACUCAAUGUUACUAGUGUCGUUUCAUUUGAAGAGGCACAUGGGAAACUUCCUUAUUCAGGUAUACGGACCCUGUGUACUACUUGUCGUCUUGUCUUGGGUCUCUUUUUGGCUGAAUAGAGAGGCUACAGCUGACCGCGUCUCACUUGGCAUAACAACUGUUCUGACGAUGACGUUCCUCGGCCUCGAGGCUCGUACGGAUCUGCCAAAGGUGCCCUACCCCACGGCUCUCGAUUUCUUCGUGUUCCUGUCAUUUAGCUUCAUAUUCGCCACGAUAAUCCAGUUCGCAGUGGUGCACUACUUCACGAAGUACGGCUCAGGUGAGUGUUACUUCAGCUCGGAGACGGAAAAUGACCCCCAAUCGAGCGACUCGGACUCUGAACACCACCAUCAGCAGCAGCAGCAGCAGCAGCAGCAGCAGCAGCAGCAGCAACAACAACAGCAGCAACAGCAACAGCGACAGCGACGAUCUGCGAGACAUCAUCGCCGAAUGCCCAGGUAUAAUUCCGUUUCGAAGAUCGACCGGGCAAGCAGACUCGUCUUUCCCCUCUUUUUUCUCGCUAUCAACCUCUUCUACUGGUUCGCCUAUCUUUCGCACAGCAAGAGGAUCAACUACUUCAGUUGAAGUGUUUCACACUUCUUAAAUUAAGCUCUGAUACAUCUGCCUAUUGGCGUACGAGACAUUACAUACUGGAUUAUGAAAAUGUAAAAGUGCGUGUAUAAUAUACAAUAUAAUUG